AUGGCGCUUUCUCCAAAACCCUCUCUGUUUCACUUGAGAUUUCUUACCGGAGACAAACCACUUCUGAAGCUUGAUGAUGAGUUCUUACGUAACCACACGAAAGUCUUGCUAACAUCAGACUCCUCGGACAAAUUUUGGAAAGUGAAAGUGGACGGAAAAAAACUCGCCGGCGGCUGGGAAGAGUUCGCCGCCGCUCAUAAUUUCAGUGAUGGAGACGUUUUGGUUUUCAGACACAAUGGAGAUGAGACCUUUCAUGUAGCUGUUUCAAAUGAAUCUGAUGAGACCGAUGAUACUGACGACAGUGACUCUGAUGAGUCUGAUGAUACUGACAACAGUGAAUCUGAUGAGUCCCAUGAUGUGGAAGAAGAAGAUAAUGAUGAAGAUGUUGUUGAUGAUGUUGAUGAUGCAGUGGUGGAAAAGAAUAAGAAACCUGAAGCAGAGACUUCAACAGGAGACUCUUGCUUACUCAAAGCUCAUGUCUCACGUUAUAGCCUCAAGAAAGAUCGUUUGGAUCUUUCUAGAGCUUUUAAGUUUAUGUCGUUUGAUGAGCAAAACAAACCGAGUGAAAUUUAUUUAGCUAAUGAGAAAGGAAGAAAAUGGACUCUUAUUCUUGCAAGAAACAUCUCAAGUGGUGUGUUUUACAUCAGACGAGGCUGGGCUAACUUUUGCUCAGCUAAUGGGUUAAGUCAAGGUGACAUCUGUAACUUCAAACUUUCCGAAGGUGGAGAAUUGCCUAUGCUUUUGCUGUGUUCACACGAGUCUGGCAAUGGCCAUGAAGACAAAGAAGAAGAAGAAGAAGGAGAACAAGAAGAAGAAUGCCCUGAAGCAGAUACAGAGAAGAUAUGUUCUGUAGGAGGCUGCAGCAACGAGAAGAAUACUCCUCGAUUUUUGACACUAAAGUGUACACCCAACCGUUUAAAGACCGGGCAACUAACUGUUUCAUUGGUUUUCUUGCGUGAGAAUGGCAUUAAUGAGUCUGGGGAGAUAACUUUGCUGAAUCAAGAUGGAAGAAAGUGGUCAUCUUAUCUACAGGUGUCAAGACCACGGGGAAAUGAAAUGUUUUAUAUCAGAAAAGGUUGGAAAGAGAUGUGCAAAGCAAAUGGUGUUGAAGUGAAUGACUCAUUCAUGUUGGAGUUGAUUUUUGAAGAUGCUAACCCUAUCUUUAAGUUCCACUCUAAGAUUGAAAACAAGAGAAAAGAAAAAAUAACAACUCGUAAGAGGAGAAGCACUGUGGAAAACACUGCAGAAGUGAGCAAGAGAGGACGCACUAGGGUUUCAAACAGAUCCAACACUAACUUUCAGCGCAAGCAACCCGAAUCUUGCUCAGUCUCUGAUCAAGUGGCUACAGUGAAACAAAGCAUUCAAGAUACUCUUAACACCUUAAGACAUUUCCGCGCAGAGAUCGAGAUAAAGGAGAGGAAUCUGGAAGCUUCACUACUGGAGGUUGAUGACUUAGAGGAGAGGAUAUUGGGAAUCAGCAAAAUUCUCAACAAUAAUCUUGUUUACAGUAAAAUUAAAUAG